CUACUGCAUUGAUUGUUGAACGGCCAGAUCACACGAGCCAUAUAUGGUUCCUGUGGGAGCACUGGCGGAGGGUAAAAUCAUGGGUUAAACCAAAUCACCCCUCCCCCCCGGAAGAAUGGUACAACCCAAGAACACAGACUUAAGUAGUAGCUGUAACACAAUGUAAUUAAAUGUCAGUAGUGACAUUAAAUCGAAGGACGUAUGACGUAUUAUGUUGCAUGAAGGAAAUAUAAAGCAUUGUUUUCAUUAACCCAUAUUAGAAAAAGGGUCACUUCCACCAAUCAUGGCGUUCAGCGUUUACUGUACCGCCAUGUUUCCCAUUGAUUGCACACGGCUCGUAUCUGUUGCAUAAACAACCGCGGGAUAUUCAGAAAAAUCAAGUAGAAUAAAAGUCUUGGGCAUACCAGUGUGUGAGCUAGAAUGGGAAAGCCGUUUAUUACUACGGCUGUGUGUUGUGUAUUCUGCUUUCUUUGUGCAGAGCACAGUCAGUGCUUGUUCCAUUACCAUGCCACGCUGCUGGCAGACUCCAGUGAUGAAACACGCAACAGUUUAAGGAAUCCUGGACAGGUUACACAUUCCUCAUCAUUUCUUUAUUCAUCUUUGGGGAAUGACUUCAGGACACAGAGAAGACAGUUGAGUGAUGACAGUGGUGUGCAUCAGUAUGAAAGAAAGAUUACCAGUGUGGUGGACCAAGGACAUCUUAUAAAUCGUAAAGCUGUGUCAGACAAGAGUUUCAGGUACAGGAGGGAUACGCUAGAUAUUUCACAGGAACAGGCUUUUGUGAAGAGGUUGUUUUCACAGUUUGGUGAAGGGGAUACCAUGACGUUUGAAGGUUUUGAACGACUUCUUAGGACUGUUGGGCUUCAGCGGCUCAUAUCUGCAGCAGGAGGUGGCCAUACUGUGAACAGUGCACCAUUGUCCAAUGUAGCCAAUUCCAAGCUUGAAGAAAAUGCCAGCCGGCCAGAUGCCAUUGUGUCAACUGAUGACAUGAAUGAGAAGGGCACACACUCAAACCAAACAGAGAAGCAGUGUCUGAAUGGAAAGGAACUGUUUAAUGCAUUCACUGGUGACCAAAAGGGCAAGCUACUGCCUGAAUCACUGCAGCGCUUAUGCCCAGGGUUGCUGUACCAGCUGACUGACAUGACUGCUGACUGCAUUGUGGUGUCAGUGCCAGGUCCUGACAAACAUGGAAUGGAUGUCAACAUCGAAGCAGUGAAUCAUAGUGCUGUGUGGCUGUAUGCAACACUAAGCAUUGUGGUGGUAAGCCUCUGUGGACUCCUAGGAGUUGCAGUAAUUCCAGUUAUGCAGCAGGUGUUCUACCAACAGCUGUUACAAUUCUUGGUUGCCCUUGCUGUCGGCACACUCUGUGGGGAUGCUCUCCUGCAUCUACUGCCACAUGCAAUGAUGGGCGAACCACAUUCUCACUCAUAUUCACAUACACAUACUCACCAUGGCAGCCAACAUGACAGCUUCGCAUCUGCAGAAGAUGAACAUGACCUGAGCAUGUGGAAGGGUCUAGUGGCAGCCCUGGGUCUAGUGUUCUUCUUCUUCACAGAAAAGUGUCUCACAUUGGUGGGAGAGUGGAGGAAACAGCGUCAACGCAGAAGGAAGGUUCCAUCAAGAGUCCGUGUGAUGCGGGAUGCAGACAAUGUGGGUAAUACUUCAGUGGGUGAAAAGCUGUGCAAACAUAAAUACAGUUCAUACCCAUAUUGCUAUGGUGAGAUUACAACAGAGAUGUCAGAUGAUCAUCAUCAUCGUAAUCCUCAGUAUGAGCAGAAGCAUAACCACACUCACAGUUCUCCUGCACUAGACACAACACAAGUGACAACUUCAGGUUCAAUAGAAGACACCCACCCAGAUGGUCUGGAUGAACUGCGACCCAUAGCUACAACGUGUAACUCUAUGGCUGCAGGUCCAGACAGCGAACAUGGGACAGACGUGAAUCCCAGUGAAGCAGAGAGCUACACAGUCAUUAUCAGGGAGCAUGAGAACAAACAUCAUGGUCACUCACACACACAUGGCCAUGUACAUUCACCUCCUGACACGCUGAGCUCUGUUGCGUGGAUGGUGGUGAUGGGAGAUGGACUCCAUAAUUUCACAGAUGGAAUGGCCAUUGGAGCUGCAUUUGCUGCCAACAUUGCAGGUGGUUUCUCUACUGCGGUUGCUGUGUUCUGCCAUGAACUGCCACACGAGUUGGGUGACUUUGCAGUACUACUGAAGGCAGGGAUGAGUGCAAAACAGGCUGUAUUCUACAACCUUCUGUCCUCUAUCUUGUGUCUUCUUGGUAUGGUGUUGGGAGUAUUCUUGGGGGAGUCUGAAACUGCCACUGCAUGGGUGUUUGCUGCAGCUGCAGGCAUGUUCCUUUAUAUAGCACUUGUGGAUAUGAUACCAGAGCUAACAACAUCCCACUCAAAGGAAGGGGGUUCUCUGUGCCAAUGUCUGCUGCAGUGUGUUGGUUUGUUGUCAGGGAUUGGUAUCAUGCUGCUCAUUGCUACAUAUGAACAUGACUUGAAGAUGGUCUUUGCGGACAACUAAUGAAAUAUCAAUGUAUGUGUACAAUAAUAUUGUCCGUGGAGGAAAGACUGUAUAGGUAACUUUUAUAUGUACAGAUGAAACAGCCCAUACUAGUUACAUCGUUACUUCCAUUUCUUCAAAUUGGCAGUUAAUGUUUUUGUACAGUAGCCAUCAGACUGAAAUAAUUAUUUUUUUAGCUAUUAUAUGAACUCUUUUCCAUAUUCUUAUCACAGACAGUAAUCAGCUAUUCUACUUAUAUGUUAUAGUAUUGUCCUCCAGAAUCCAAUAACCUUCAUCAAGGGCUCAGCAGUAAUGUUUCAUUAGCCAAGUUGUAUUACAAUGACAGCCUAUCUCUAAAUGUUAUUGACAUUGGUGUUGAAUUACUAAUUUCAGUUUUUUGACGUUUUCAGUCAUGCUUUCUCAAAAAACCACUACGUUUUGGGAGAUGUCUUUACCCCAUCCUCAGGUGUACCUACAUAGUCAGGCCUGUUAGAAGGAGCUAAUCUCCACAGAUUGAGAUUAGUUCCUUCUAACGGGCCUGACUGUGUAGAUCACCUGAGGAUGGGGGAAUAGCCAGCUCCCAAACUGUAGUGGUUUUUUGAGGAAACAUAAUGGUGAUUGAAGAAGUCCAAAAAAUUGAAAUUAGUAAUUGCAGUCAUUUUUUGGUGUUUUAUUUAUUAUAUGGUACAUUCCUGGAAAGAAAGAUUUUGCUACUACAUACUGUCCUUGGACUAAAGAAACAUGUAUUUAACAUAUAAGGCUUUUAGUUUUAUGGUUCUUUUUCAGUGACAUUCAGCUACAUACUUAAACCGACUACAGGCUUCUUUCAAGUCCCAUUUUGGUUAUAUAAUGGAAGUGUAACUGGUACAGAUCUGAUCAGUCAAAUAUCAUCCAAGUUAGUCAAAGAAAGUGAAGUCCUGUCUUCACAUUUAGCAGUAAAUGUCAUUAGUAUCUGUAAAACUUGGCAAGGUUUGACAUGAAAAUUAGUUGAGAAAUAAGUAACAUUUUUCAGAGAAAGGUCCACAGAUCAAAGGAUAGUAUCCAGUACUGCAUCCAAACUGAGAAAUGUUUGAAUGAAGAGAAGACAUUAAAAAUUAUAAAUUGACUAUGUGCACAUAAUACUACAUGUCUUAUAAAUAUGGCACAGGCAUUAAGAUGUGGACAAAAUUUCUUAAAAUGACUGUUUUGGAUAAACUGCUGGUUAGGUUUAACAUGUUUCUGAAGUAUGAUAUUUUGAGAUCAGUAAAGAUUCAUGUACAGAUCCAGUAACUGUCAAAAGAACUCAGAGUCACAUUACUUUUCCAAGAACUUUUCUUGCAUAAAAGUAAUCUGCAUAUAUGAUGCAACCAAACAUUGAUUUUGAUUUUGCCAUUUCGAUUGUGGUCUUCUGGAUUAUGAAGCUAUGUGGUCUUGUGUGUUGUUACUAACAUUUUGGAGGAAUAUUUCUUCCAUGUUCAGAAUAGAAGCUGUAGGUGAUGAGUUCCUCCACAGCAUCUUAAUCUAGAAAACCACAAACUAAAUUUUUACCACCUGAUAACCUCAAAUCUUACAUUAAUUUAGCCAGUAGUACAGGCAGAAAGAUUGGAAAGCAAAGUAAAGAAUUGAGAUUUAAGACAAUUAAAUUGGUUGCUGUUUUCAAAUAUGGGGUGCAUGUCUCAUGUUUCAUUAAAUUAAUUUCUUCUUAGUACAUUUUUAAGGUUUUCGUUCUUAUGUUUCCUAAAUUUUGUCCUACAAUCACAGCAGAUAAUAUUCUUUUACUUUGAAAUGUAUAUCCAGACUGAAAAAGCCAUUUAUCAUUGUUGAUAAACAUUUUUCAUUACCAGUGUUAAUAUGUAUUAGAGAUGUUCUCACUCACAAAACAUAGUCAACCCAAUACAAAAAGGAAUUUUAAAUGGUAUUCAUUCUGAAGUUACGUUUAUUGGCUUAACUCAUGUCAGUACCUUAUGUAUGUACAUACUGUGCAGUAUUUUGACAUUUUUGUCAGUAGCACUAUAUUUCAUUGAUAUCCUGGAAUAGAAAAUACACACCCAUGUGAGAUUUGAAGAGCAUGUGAAUAAAUAAAAUGUAAACAAAACAAAUUAGACAUUAAAAAUGUGUAUACCAGUGUA